GAAACGUAUUUGCAAGAAAAAUGUAUCGCAAAGCAGCUGCAGCCGUAGCACUGAUUCUUGGCUUCCUGGCGGUAGCCGUCAGUGGCGAUCUAGCGACCUCGGAUCCUCUUUACCAGCAGUGGAAGGGACGUAUCGUUGGUGGAACUUAUGCCCGAGAUGGAGACUUCCCGUAUCAGGCCUCGUUCCGUACGACUGACGGUAUGCACAUUUGCGGCGGUGCCGUGUUGAAUCAGCAGUGGGUUAUUACGGCGGCCUCGUGUGUGUUUGGCCGUACGACGUCGGAUACCCGGGUGGUUGUUGGUGCCUAUCGGCUGAGUCAGGGAGGCUUCAACCUAGGCCUGCGACGCAUCGUCAUUCAUCCGAACUUUGCAUCGCAAACGUUGGCCAACGAUGUUGCAGUGGUGCGCGUGGCUUCGCUGAUGGUGCUAAGUGAUGCUAUUCAGGGUGUCCAGCUUGGUUCGUACAACGUCAAUGUGGCGUACGGAGCCCUUGUUUCCGGUUGGGGACGUACUGAGUUCUCCAAUCCUCAGUUCCCGGAUAACUUGCAGUACAUCGCAGUGAACGUGAUUUCGCAGCUGGAAUGCCGGGCUCGGUUUACUGCUCCUUAUGAUGCACGAAUUUACGAUUCAACGCUCUGUAGCAGCAGCCCAAUUGGCCAGGGAACUUGUCUCGGUGAUGCAGGCAGUCCGUUGGUGCACGGAGCUGAACUUCAUGGUAUCGUUUCGUGGGGUAUUCCAUGUGGUGAAGGUUUUCCGGAUGUCUACGCUCGUAUCUCGUCUCACCGCGGUUGGAUUCUUGCGCACACUCUCAUUUAA